AUGGAGGAGGAAAAUCAGACAGGAGUCGUAUAUUUCCAUUUCCGCCCCUUUUCAACCAACUCAACAGUGGCUUCCCUAGUGUUUGUGGGCUUCUUGCUGCUGUAUCUAGGAAGCCUCAUUGGAAACCUCACCAUUGGGCUCACAGUCUGGCAGGAUCCCUCCCUCCAUACCCCGAUGUACUUCUUCCUUUUUGUGUUGGCCACAUUAGAGCUUGGCUAUUCCACCAACAUUGCUCCACUGACUCUGGCUAGCAUCCUCUCCAUGGGGAAGAUGCUUAUCUCUCUGCCCAGCUGUGGGGCCCAGAUGUUCUUUUUCAUCCUUCUUGGAGGAUCUGACUGUGUCUUGCUGGCCAUCAUGGCUUAUGACAGGUAUGUGGCCAUCUGUCAUCCAUUGCAUUACAGCCUCAUUAUGAGUUGGCAGAUGUGUGGGCAGAUGGCUUUAGGUUCUCUGGGGCUGGGUUUCCUUUUGUCACUGCCUUUGACCAUUCUGAUCUGCCACCUCCCAUUCUGUGGCCACAAUGAAAUCUAUCACUUCUUCUGCGACAUGCCUGCAGUCAUGCGCCUGGCCUGUACAGAUACCCAUAUACAUCAGGCAGCCCUCUUUGCCAUCAGUGUAGCUGCAGUGGCCAUUCCUUUUCUCCUUAUCACUCUCUCCUAUGUCUUCAUUGUGGAUGCCAUCCUGAGGAUCCGCUCAGCUGAGGGGAGGCGCAAAACCUUCUCUACCUGUUCUUCCCACCUGACCGUUGUCCUUCUGCAGUAUGGAUGUGGAAGCCUCAUCUACUUGUGUCCCAGCUCCAGCUACUCUCCUGAGCGGGGCCGGGUAGUAUCUGUGGUUUACACCUUCAUCACCCCUGUGCUGAAUCCUUUGAUCUACAGCAUGAGGAACAGAGAACUCAAGGAUGCUUUGAGGAAGGUAGUGAUAAGAUUUCUCCUGCUUGAAAAACAAUGAGCAUUCUGAAU